UCAUCAGCCAGGCUUCUAGAGGAAUCUGAUGUUUCAAAACCACAUGCCAAAGAUGGGAGAACAAGACCCCAGUGACAGGCUGAGAGGAGACCAGCCGAAAGAGACGAAGGAAAAUGGCACGGGAAGUUUCUCCCAGUUCUCCUCAAGCGUACGAACCAUGGUGCGCAUUCGCCAGAAGUACCAGGCCAUGAAGAAACGGCGUCUUGAGAUAGCAGCGGUGUCGUCCCAGAGCUUCAUGUCUCCACGGUCCACCAGCCCAAAGUUUUUCACCUUUGAAAAUCUUCAAGACACCAUAAACUCUAACCCCGCUUCCCCACGCAAGCGGAAGAAAAAGAGGAAGGCACGGGUUUUGUAUCCGAGCAGCAUUUUGAGAGCCGUACCCACAAAAGAGAGAAGCCGUGCAAAGAACUGCCUCUACUUGCUGUGCAUCAUCGUAUUUCUACAAAUUUACAACGCCAUUGAGAACUUAGACGACCAUGUGCUUAAAUAUGAUUUAGACGGACUGGAGAAAACCCUUAAAAGGGAAGUGUUUGGCCAACAAGAAGUUGCAGAGAGCCUUCUGGGUCAUUUACAUGAUUAUUUGUCAACUUAUGUACACAAUAAACCUUUAGUGUUGUCGCUUCACGGACCUACUGGAGUUGGGAAGAGCCACGUUGGCCGAUUACUGGCUCAGCAUUUCAGCUCGGUUGUUGGCGAGGGCUUGGUGAUGCAGUACUUCGUUCUGCACCAUUGCCCAACAGACGACGAUAUCCCACAAUGCAUCAAAUCUCUGGACUCUCACAUCUCUGAAAUGGUCACUCAGGCUGAGGAAGAGGAGAAGAUACCGGUCUUUAUCUUCGAUGAAGUGGAGCACAUGCCCAGGGAGUUGCUGGACACAUUGCAAGACCUGAUUCAUCCCAAAAACAACAACGAAUACUUAAACGCCAUCUACAUUCUCAUCAGCAACUUGGGACAUGAAGACAUCACCAAGUUCGUUCUGCACAACUCCAGCGUUGCCGUCUCAGGCCGUCUGAGCUUGAGUCAGGAGCUGAACCCUUGGUUGCGUAGCUACGUUGAAAGAUACCACAUGCUAUUUUUGGAGGCAGAGCUCCUGCCCUUUAUGCUUUUGGAGAAGAGCCACGUAAUGGAUUGUUUUAUUGAUGAAAUGUCCAGGGAAGGAUUCUACCCAGAUCGAUCCCAUGUAGAAAGACUUGCGGAAGAACUAUCAUACUAUAUAAUUGGCGAACGGGAAUUUUCUCACACUGGAUGCAGGCAGGUUGUGGCAAAAGUGAACCUUCUUUGAAACAAAAUCUGCCGUGCAGAUGGACAACGUGAGGAAAACAUUAU